AUGUCGUUAAUCAGUAUAUUUAUAAGCAGUAGUUCAAUAAAUUUAAUUUUAAUUUUGAAUUAUGUUUGUGGCUUACCAGCAUUGCAAAAUCCAUCAACAUCGAAUAUCAAUAAUAAUAAUGGUAUUACACAUUUAAGUGGUAAUUCCGAUUAUAGAGCAGUAAAAUUACACUGGGAUUGGAUAAAAUCCGAUGAUGAUGAUGCGUUACGAGCUUUUCAAGUACAUUAUUGUGAAUUGCAAUCAUGGGGGCCACAUCGUUGCCGCUCUAAGACUGUUACAGAUGAUUCAGAACACAAUUCAAUAACAAAUAAUCGUGAAUCGAAAUCGUAUUCAACAAGUAUUAAUGGUCUACGUAUGGCAACUACAUAUACAUUCGAAGUAAAACCUAUUGAGGAAAACAAUCGUAAAGAAAAUCGAAAUGAUCGAUCAAGUGAAGAAUUUGACGAUAUUAUUCACAAUGACAAUGAAAAUCAAGAUUUAAGUGGCUCAAAUAGUAUUGUUUUAGAUACAAAAGGAUUUUCUGCUAGAGCCACACUAUGUUUACCAACUGUAAGUGAAGUAGAUGUAGAAACGGGACCAUAUUUUGGCGGGCGAAUAUCUGUAGAAAAUUCAGACGGUAAGGAGAGAUGUUCAAUUGAGGGACUAGCUGAUAGUGCUCGGGAUACAUAUACGUUACGAAUUAACCAUGAAGAAUGCGGAAGUGUUGUUAAUGAAACAACAGUUGCGACUUUUAUAAUUGUACAAGAAAAUUUACCAAUUUUAACUCAUAGUACCCGAAGAUUCCUUGUAUUAUGUACAUUUCAACCAGAUACAUUAACUGUACGUGCAGGUAUUAAUUUACCAACGGCUUACGGUCAUGGUUCUUCACAAAUUGAAUCGAUUCCAUAUGAAAAUAUGAUAAAUGAAGUAAGACAGCAAAGACAAAUGCGGCAAUUAUCAGCUGAAGUUGUUACAGAAAAGCCGUUUUCGCAUUUUCUACUAAUGAUAAUUGUUAUAAUAUGUGGUAUAUUUGGUGUUACUGUAUUUGUAUUGCGUGCACAUCAAAAACGAUUAAUGGCUGCGGCUUUAGAAGUUGAUACACUAUCUAUAACUUCAUCAUCAACAGAAUCACCAUUUUCUGAUACAGAUUCCGUCGCAAGCACAGUUGAACCACCGGUGUUAAAACCACAAGAAGGAGAUGUAUUCACCGUUAAUGGAACAAUAUCAGCAAACUCGUUAACUAUUGGAAGUGCAGCAGUUUAAUUUUAAAUAAAUACAUUUCAUACUCAACACCAAAGUAAUUUGGUGAUAAAUUAAGG